UGCUGGGCCUUGACUCUUUGAAAUGCUACAAAACCCCAGUGCACCAGUGUUCAAGGGGUGUGGUGAGGAGGCUGGAGUGUAUGAUCUCCAGAUGGUGUUCACAGUGUUACAGCUCUCUGCACCCUGCGGGUGACUAUCAUAACUGAUGACAUGCUGACCAACAGUAUCACAGUGCGACUGGAAAAUAUGUCCCAGGAAAAGUUUCUCUCCCCACUACUCUCUCUUUUUGUGGAGGGUGUGGCAACAGUGCUCUCUACUACCAAGGACGGCAUCUUUGUCUUUAACAUUCAAAACGACACUGAUGUCAGCUCCAAUAUCCUGAAUGUAACAUUCUCUGCGUUGCUUCCUGGUGGCAUUCGAAACAAAUUCUUUCCCUCUGAGGACCUCCAAGAGCAGAUCUACCUCAACCGGACACUGCUAACCAUGAUCUCUACACAGAGGGUCCUGCCUUUCGAUGACAAUAUCUGUCUGCGAGAGCCUUGUGAGAACUACAUGAAGUGUGUGUCUGUGCUGAAGUUUGACAGCUCCGCUCCAUUUAUUAGUUCAAACACUGUCUUGUUCCGACCUAUCCAUCCCAUCAAUGGGCUGAGGUGUCGGUGCCCUCCUGGAUUUACUGGUGACUAUUGUGAAACGGAGAUUGACCUCUGCUACUCCAACCCUUGUGGCAAUAAUGGGCUUUGUCGAAGCCGAGAAGGAGGCUACACUUGUGAAUGUUAUGAAGACUACACUGGAGAGUACUGUGAAGUGAAUGCUCGCUCAGGCCGCUGCGCACCAGGAGUAUGUAAAAACGGAGGAACCUGUGUUAACCUGCUGGUAGGAGGUUUCAAAUGCGAGUGCCCUCCAGGAGAGUACGAAAGACCUUACUGUGAAAUGACAACACGAAGCUUCCCCCCCCAGUCAUUCGUUACCUUCAAGGGGUUAAGGCAGCGCUUCCAUUUCACAGUUUCCCUCAUGUUUGCAACCAGAGAAAGAAAUGCUCUACUUCUUUACAAUGGCCGUUUUAAUGAAAAGCAUGACUUUAUUGCCCUAGAGAUCAUUGAAGAGCAAAUCCAACUGACAUUCUCUGCAGGGGAGACCUCUACCACAGUUUCACCGUUUGUCCCAGGAGGAGUCAGUGAUGGACAGUGGCACUCUGUUCAGGUGCAAUACUACAACAAGCCUAACAUUGGAAGAUUAGGAAUUCCUCAUGGGCCUUCUGGAGAAAAGGUGGCAGUAGUGACAGUGGAUGACUGUGACACAGCAGUGGCUGUGAGCUUUGGAAGUCUCAUUGGCAACUAUACAUGUGCUGCACAAGGGACUCAGACUGGCUCAAAAAAGUCUUUGGACCUCACUGGCCCCCUCCUUCUUGGGGGUGUCCCAAACCUACCAGAAGAUUUUCCUGUGCAUAACAGACAGUUUGUUGGCUGCAUGAGGAACCUCUCCAUUGACAGCAAGCCAAUCGACAUGGCUAGUUUCAUAGCCAAUAACGGCACUCUGCCAGGCUGUGCAGCUCAGAAGAACUACUGUGAGAGUAACUGGUGUCAGAAUGGGGGAACAUGUGUGAAUAAAUGGAAUACCUAUGCUUGUGAGUGCCCUCUGCGAUAUGGUGGGAAAAACUGUGAGCAAGUAAUGCCUUCUCCCCAGCGUUUCAGUGGCGAGAGCAUUAUCAUUUGGAGUGACCUUGAUAUUACUAUUUCUGUACCAUGGUACAUUGGACUUAUGUUCAGGACCCGAAAAGUUAAUGGCAUGUUAAUGCAAGCUAAUGCAGGAACUGCAUCCAAGAUCAACAUCCAAAUACUGAACAACUAUGUACAACUUGACGUGUACAAUGGCCUGAAUCAGGUUGCUAGUUUGAAAAUGAUGCAGUCACGAGUCAGUGAUGGUGAAUGGCAUCAUUUGUUAAUAGAGCUGAAGAGCGCUAAAGAUGGAAAAGACAUCAAGUACCUAGCAGUCAUGUCUUUGGACUAUGGGAUGUACCAGAGUACAGUGCAAAUUGGAAAUCAGCUGCCUGGACUAAAAAUGAAAAGCAUCAUUGUCGGAGGUAUCUCGGGAGAUCAAGUAUCUGUGCAGCAGGGCUUUUAUGGCUGUAUGCAGGGUGUAAGAAUGGGGGAGACAUCUACAAAUGUGGCUACACUGAAUAUGAAACAGGCAGUGAAGAUCAAUGUAAAGGAAGGCUGUGAAGUAGACAAUCCUUGUGAUUCCAAUCCAUGUCCCCAACACAGCUACUGCAGUGAUGACUGGGAUAGCUAUUCCUGUAUCUGCGACCCAGGGUACUUUGGGAGAGACUGUGUUGACGUAUGUAACCUGAACCCAUGUGAGCAUGUCUCCACCUGUGUCCAUAAACCCAGCUCAUCCCAUGGUUACACCUGUGAAUGUGGACAAAGCUAUUAUGGGCAGUACUGUGAGAACAAAAUUGACUUGCCUUGCCCCCGAGGCUGGUGGGGGAAUCCUAUUUGUGGUCCAUGUAACUGCGAGACCAAUAAGGGGUUUGAUCCUGACUGCAAUAAGACGAAUGGAGAGUGCCGCUGUAAGGCAAACUACUAUAGGCCACAGAGCAGUGACACUUGCUAUCCAUGUGACUGCUUCCCUUCUGGCUCCCAUACACGCUCUUGUGACAUGGAGACAGGACAGUGUCCCUGUAAACCUGGAGUGAUUGGGCGACAGUGCAACCGUUGUGAUAAUCCCUUCGCUGAGGUUACCACGAGGGGCUGUGAAGUGGUUUACAAUGGAUGUCCCAAAGCAUUUGAAGCUGGCAUUUGGUGGCCUCAGACAAAGUUUGGACAGCCAGCUGCUGUGCCAUGUCCCAAGGGUUCAAUGGGGAAUGCAGUUCGGCACUGUAACAGUGAGAAAGGCUGGCUGCCUCCUGAGCUAUUUAACUGCACCACCAUUAGCUUUGUGGAUCUUAAACUCAUGAAUGAAAAGUUACAUCGCAAUGAGACCAUAAUGGAUGGAGACAAGUCCAUACAUAUCACAAAAGUGCUGCAGAAUGCCACCAAAUACACAAACUCUUUGUAUGGGAAUGAUGUUAGGACAGCAUACCAGAUGAUGAUCAGAGUCCUGCAGUAUGAGAGUCAGCAGCAAGGGUUUGACUUGGCUGCAACAAGGGAUGUGGAAUUCAAUGAAAAUAUCAUAAAAGUGGGUAGUGCCCUUCUGGACGCCAGUAACAAGGGACUCUGGGAACAAAUUCAGAGAACGGAGGGUGGCACAGCUCACCUGCUGAAACAUUAUGAGGAAUAUUUUAGCAAUGUGGCACAAAACAUGAAGAAAACUUACCUGAAACCUUUUGUUAUUGUUGCUGCAAAUAUGAUUAUUGCUGUUGACAUCUUUGACAAGUCUAAUUUUACGGGAGCUAAAGUGCCACAGUUUGAUGAGAUUAAAGAAGAUUAUCCUAAAGAUUUGGAGUCAUCCGUUUUGUUCCCUGAUGCUUUGUUCAAACCUUCAGAAAGAAAAGCAGUUCCCACACUGAAGCCUUCGAACCAAAAAUUAUCUAAGAUGGGUAAUGGCAUCUUAAACACUGAGAAUGAACUUACAAAGAGAAGGAAGCGACACCCAACUGAGUCAAAUGAGUAUGCUGUGGCUGUAGUGAUUAUUUCCCGAGCCCUAGGACAACUUUUACCUGAGAACUAUGAUCCUGACCGAAGAAGCUUAAGGUUACCAAACCGACCCAUUAUUAACACACCUGUAGUGAGUACCACCAUUCAUGAUGAUGGGGAGCCUCUAUCAAACCCACUGGAAAAGCCCAUUAUACUGGAAUAUGCCAUGCUCGAAACAGAGGAAAGAACUAAGCCAGCCUGUGUAUUCUGGAACCACUCAAUUGCAAUUGGCAUGACAGGAGGCUGGUCCUCCAAGGGAUGUGAACUUUACUCCAGAAAUCAGAGCCAUAUUGCUUGCCAGUGCAAUCACAUGACCAGCUUUGCUGUCUUAAUGGACAUUUCAAAGCGAGAGAAUGGCGAGGUGCUUCCUCUGAAGAUAGUCACUUACACGACUGUAUCCAUCUCACUGGUGGCUUUGUUGAUGACAUUUAUACUGCUGGCUCUGAUCCGGACACUGCGCUCAAACUUGCAUAGCAUUCACAAAAAUCUGGUGGCAGCUCUUUUCUUCUCUGAAUUGGUCUUCCUUAUUGGAAUCAACCAGACGGAAAACCCGUUUGUGUGCACCGUGAUAGCCAUCCUCCUGCACUACUUCUACAUGAGCACCUUUGCCUGGAUGUUUGUGGAGCAACUUCACAUCUACCGCAUGCUGACUGAAGUGAGGAACAUCAAUUUUGGACAUAUGAGGUUCUACUAUGUUGUGGGUUGGGGAAUUCCUGCCAUUAUAACAGGACUUGCUGUGGGCCUGGAUCCAGAGGGAUAUGGGAACCCUGAUUUCUGCUGGCUGUCUGUUCAUGAUACCCUUAUUUGGAGUUUUGCAGGGCCCAUUGUGAUUGUUGUAGUAAUAAAUACUGUCAUCUUUAUACUAGCAGUAAAAGCAUCCUGCAGAAGAAGGCAACGUUCAUUUGAAAAAACAGGAGUCGCCUCUGUGCUGCGAACUGCUUUCCUCCUCUUGCUGCUGAUCAGUGCCACAUGGUUACUGGGGCUGAUGGCAGUGAACAGUGAUGUCAUGACAUUUCACUAUCUCUUUGCCAUCUUCAGCUGCUUGCAGGGACUUUUCAUUUUCUUCUUCCACUGUAUAUUUAACAAAGAAGUCAGAAAGCACUUGAAGAACACUUUAACUGGAAAGAAACCUUUUCCAGAUGACUCUACUGCAACAAGAGCUACAUUAUUAACUCGUUCUCUGAACUGUAACAACACAUAUAUAGAGGAGCCAAAUAUGUAUCGUACAACUAUUGGGGAAUCCACUGUCUCCCUAGAAAGCACCGUCAGGUCAGCCAAGAGCCACAAUAGCUACCUUGCUUAUAUUCUCAGGGACGAAGCUGCUCAUAAGCUCAGUGGGUCUUCAAGUCAAGCAAGAGCUGGUCAUACAGAAGUAGAUUCUUCCAUUUUUCAUAGGAAUCCAUCAAAAUCCAAUGACCAUGAUUCUGAUUCUGACAGUGAGCUGUCUCUUGAUGAACAUAGCAGUUCCUAUGCCUCCUCCCAUUCAUCAGACAGUGAGGAAGAUGGGAUUCAAACAGCAAAGAAAUGGAACACAGCUACUUCCAAAAAUAAUGAACGUGGCCCUCUUCACAGUACUCCCAAAGUUGAUUCCAUACCCAACCAUGUGAAACCAUAUUGGCCCACAGAGUGUAUAACGGGAAGCGAUGGGGAGGACCCUGGUGGCAAACAGAAACUGAAAGUGGAGACAAAGGUCAAUGUGGAGCUCCAUGGGGAAAACCAAGCGAACCGCAGCAGUGAAGCACCUCAAGACAAAGAGAAUGAAGGGCAGCAGAAAGAAAACAGGCCUUUGCCCCACCAGAAUAACCAGCAGCCAGAACAGAGGAAAGGUAUCUUAAAAAAUAAAGUCUCCUACCCUCCCCCUCUGCUGGACAAGAAUAUGAAGAAUCGACUACGGGAAAAGUUGUCAGAUUAUAAUCAAGCCACAAUCUCAUCCAGGACUAUGGCCUUAGGCACAAAUGAUGGGAUGCGUUCACCCUCGGACACAGGGGUGACGAUUAAAAAUCCACGGAGAGAACAGUCUCGUGAUCAGCUCAAUGGGAUGGCUAUGAACGUCCACGUGGGAACAGUAAAUGCAGAGACCUCAGAUUCUGAAGGCAGUAAUGAAACUUCAAUUUGAAUCAUCAGGAAACUGUGAUGAUGGUUGCAUCCUGGGAAUACUUGCUGUGAUGUCACUUCCUUGGUACCUCGAAUUUCACAGGAAUUGCUGCAUAGCAGGGAUGAGGAUGGUAUCACUUCCUUUGCUGUUACGUAUUUUGGCAGACUUCUGACUGCACGUAAAAGAAAAAUCAUGCCCGGGACAUGCAUGGUGAAGCCACAUUGUGGUACAUUCUGCCGUUUGUGAAUAUGUGAACUGUGCCAAAAUGCAUGGAGAUGAAUAACAGGGAUUCUUUAUAGUGGAUGGAUAACUCAUACGUCUGGAAAAGAAAAAUAGCAGUGCUUGCAGGGACUGCUCAUCUGUACAGCCCAUGCUAACGAUUUUCACAGAAACCAUCUCUAUUCCAGUGGGCUACUAUUCCAGGAUAGUUAAAUCAGGAAGUCAAACCACAUCAGCCUUAAGGCAAGCACUAGGAGGUGCCUCUUUUUUCUUUUUCAGUAUGAACCUUAUGGCUUGCUGAACUCCAAAAAGAGAAAUAUCACACCAAGUGCCCUUUAGCAUCUUUGCCAGCAUUUUACCAGCCUUUAUGGACACAUUGUCUUA